AUGGAUGCUAUCCCCACCGCUAGAAGGAGGUUCCAACAAGAAUUAAUCUCAGGCCCCAAUAUCGAGCGCCAUAGACACCGCUUAGAGCAGAUGGUCUGGUGCCCUUAUUGCAAUGCUAUCAUGUUCCUUGAAGAACGAGUGAAAAACACCAAGCACCGACCAGAAUUUUCGUUGUGCUGCGGUAGAGGUCAAAAACGCGACAAAACACCGACAUGGUUCCUGAAUAAUCCCAUGUCGCUUCUAGAUAGAUAUGUAGUUACUUGCUCAUGUUGUUGUACACGCAUUUUGGAGCUACAAGAGGAUUUUAUGGCGCAGCGAUCACUUCUAGAGGAGAUUGCAGACAAACAUGGGCAGCAAAUCAUUUUCUAUCCAAAGUACCACUGCGAAUUGAACUUCAUCGAGAUGUUCUGGGGUGCAAGCAAGCGCUAUACUAGAGCAAACUGUGAUUAUACUUUCAAGGGGCUGCAAGAAACAAUACCAGCGGCAUUGGCUUCUGUAACUAUACUCAGUAUUCGAAAGUACGCAAGAAGGAGUUUUCGAUACAUGGACGCAUAUAGGAAGGGUUUGUCUGGCCGCGUUGCCGAGCUGCAAGCGAAAAAAUAUAAAUCUCAUAGGCGUAUUCCAGCCAAUUGGGAUUUGAGGACAGAGUAG